UCAUAUGACAAAUUUGUACUGAAGUUGUGCAAGUGACUUGGAAACAAAGGCAACUGAACUUGUCAGGGCAGUUGCUAAGCUGGUUAAAACAUCUAAUAAACUUAGAAAAGGUUUGGAAUUUUAGAGAAAUAACAAACAUUUGGAUGAAAUUGUGCAUGACGUUAUGUGCAAUUCAUUGCUGUUGGGAGUGGUUUGAGGUGACAUUGUGGAUGGAUUCAAAGGAAAGCUGGAUAAAUAGGUAAAUUCUGAUAGGAUGAAAUGAAGUCAGAUGGGUGGCGACAUCUCUCAGGCACAGACAUCCAGAUGGACUAGUUAGACUGAAUAAUCGGCUUUUAUGCUGCAACGAUGAUAGAAGUACAUUGCUAUAUUUUCUGUAGUUGGCUCACCCAAUGACACUCUGUUUACUGUGGUAUUUUACAGAAUGAUCACUUGUCGACCACAACUUUCAUACUUUUAGAGCUUUGAUAAAAAUGAAAUGUUUGGAGGUGCUUUACAGAUAGUGAGAAAAUCCUGACAUUGAGCUUCAUUAAAAUGAUGAGUUUUGAGAAUUAUGUUUAUGGAGCCAGUGGCUUUUCGUCCUCCAUUCAACUCCAGUUGUGUAGUCCAUUAAUGUACUUGACCACUCCCUCAUUUCCAGGUUCUGUUUUGCUCUUUUUCUUCUUACUAUAUGUGGCCAACACUGAUGCAGAUUUCAACCCAUUGCCUGAUUGCACUGAGAUUGUGAGCCAUCUUUACAUCUCUGUAGUCCUUUUAUGAUAAAGAACUCCCAAGUUGUUAACAUAGUGUCAGUUAAUGUGUAUUCUUGUUGGCCUAGAUGGAGUUCCUGAUGAAGGGUUUUUGCCUGAAAUGUCGAUUUCGCUGCUCCUAGGAUGCUGCCUGAACUGCUGUGCUCUUCCAGCAUCAGUAAUCCAGAAUUUGUUUUCUGAGUGCUGCUCUGAGCUGCAGUAAAUACAGGGUAUUCCACAGCACAGUGACACAGAACUUUAGCAGUUGGAAUGGCCUCCAGCAAAUAAAAACAACAUGAAUGAGAAUUGUAACUAAUCAGAAUGGAAACUUAUCAGACCCUGUCUUUCUGUAGCUGUGAAUUAAGUGUCAGAAAAUGAAACAGAUUAAUUCUGAAAUUUUGUGGAUUGUAUUUAUCCUGGCUUCCUGCUGUGCAGUGCAGGCAGCAGAGUUUGUAGAUGUGGCCAACCAUGCGAUCAAACUGCACCGAGGGAGAGGAGCAACAAUCACUAAAGGGACACUAUGGAUCAUGGACAAUUGUAAGAAGUUGUCUGGCAUGCUUCGCCAGAAGAAUGUGGUAUUGAAUAAAUUGAAGAAAGCAAUUAAAGCUGUUGGAGCGGACUCGAGACUGUCAAUGGCAGAGAAGGUCUUUCAGGUCCAUACGUUCGAGAUCUUCCAGGCAGAGCUGAAUGAGAGCGAGAAAUCAGUGUUCCAAGCAGUCCAUGGGCUUGAAAGAGUUCUUCAGGGGGAUUAUAAAGAUAUAGUGAACAUGAGAGAAAGCAGCAAGCAACGUCUGGAAGCCUUGAGGGAAGCUGCUAUUAAGGAGGAAAAGGAGUAUGUGGAGUUAUUGGCUGCAGAGAAACAUCAAGCUGAGGCACUCAAAAAUAUGCAGCAUGCAAACAGAAGCUUAUCAAUCCUUGAUGAAAUUCUUGAAGAUGUGCGGAAGGCUGCUGAUCGCUUGGAGGAGGAGAUUGAUGACCAUGUGUUUGACAACAACAAAUUGGUCCGUGGUGGAAACGUUGAAGCUGUUAUUAGAGUUGAAGAGGACCAGGAAGACCACAAGCAAAACCUUUCUGUGCAUGAAGUAGAGGGUGGUUUGGGGCUGAGUAUGCUCAUUGACUCUCAGAACAACCAGUACAUCCUGACCAAACCCAGGGACUCCACAAUCCCUCGAGCUGAUAUUCACUUUAUUAAGGAUAUAAUUUCCAUUGUGGUGAUAUCUCUGCCUUGUGGCUGGAUUUGUACCUUAAUGGGGCUUCCUACAAUGUUUGGUUAUAUUGUUUGUGGGGUUCUCUUGGGUCCCUCAGGACUAAACCGCAUCAAGUCCAUUGUGCAAGUAGAAACACUUGGCGAGUUUGGUGUGUUCUUCACCCUGUUUGUUGUUGGCCUGGAAUUUUCUCCUGAUCGGCUCAGAAAGGUCUGGAAGAUUUCUUUGCAAGGUACCAGUUAUAUGACAGUUCUGAUGGUUAUAUUUGGAUUACUCUGGGGACAUCUGUUGAAUAUCAGGCCAACGCAAAGUAUUUUUAUUUCCACAUGUUUAUCUCUAUCAAGUACCCCAUUAGUAUCCAGAUUCCUUGCUCUUGGUGCCAGAGGAGACAAAGAAGGUGAUGGAGAUUAUAGCAGUGUGCUGCUUGGAACACUGGUGAUGCAGGAUGUUCAACUGAGUUUAUUCAUUGCCGUGAUGCCCAUGCUAACUCAGGCAGGCAGUAGCACAUCUAACAGUAUAAUUUUAGAAAUACUGCGGAUUUUUGCUCUUAUUGGUCAAAUUCUGUUUUCGUUGGCGGCAAUUCUUCUGAUAUCUCUUGUGGUGAAGACAUACCUCAUUGGACCAUUUUACAGAAAACUACACUCAGAGGGUAAAGGAAAUAGAGAGAAACUUGUCCUAGGAAUUUCAGCAUUUAUCUUUCUUAUGUUAAUGGCGACUGAGAUGUUAGAUGUCUCCAUGGAGCUGGGUUGUUUCUUGGCUGGGGCACUGAUUUCAUCACAAGGCCACGUUGCUACGGAGGAAGUUAUGUUGUGCAUGGAGCCCAUACGGGAUUUUCUGGCUAUCAUUUUCUUCACCUCAAUUGGUCUUCAUGUUUUCCCAACAUUUGUGCUUUAUGAACUGACAGUCCUAAUGUGCCUUACACUGGCAGUUGUGGUGUCCAAGGUAAUGUGCUUAUUGUCACUCUUGAGGAAGGAAGGCGCUAUAGUUCUGAAAUGUUGACUGACUGAUUUCUGUUUCUCCAGAGUGGGAAUGACCCACUGAGUAUUUCCAGCUUCUCGUUUGGAUUUCUAGCACCCAAAGUACUUAGCUCUUUUUUUUUCA